AUAAAAAUCUAGCUACUCCUGUCUGGCUUUGUUCAUUUUUGCAUGCAUACAUAACACAAGAAGCAAAAGUACUAAGACUUUCUCUGAGAGAGAGAGAGAGAGAGAGAGAGAAGAAGUAAGAAGAACAAAGAUGGGUUACCAUUCGUUCUUAAGAAGCCCAAAGAAAGAAGAACAGGAAGUGCCAGAUUCUGUUCUAACGGAAUUCUCCGACAGAAAGGAUGCUUCUUAUGCCGAUGAAGAACUCGACAUCAUGGAUGGACUGGAGGGUAUUUGGGGCAUUGAAGCAGAUGAAAAGUUACCACAGAACAACAAGAGGUAUGGUCAACUCAACUGGGAUUUCAUGGAUUGGGAAGAAUUUCCAUUUAGAGAAAGCCGUAAAGAACAAGAUCAUCAGCAGAAAGUGUUAAUUGAGAGCACACACCAAUGCUUUUUUGAAGAAGAAAGCUACCGUACAACUGGCAAGGUUAUAAAGAAGGAGAAUCUUGGGCUUUUGGAGGAUGAUGAUGAUGAGAAGAAGGCAUUAUUGAAUUUGAACUUGAAUUAUGAAGAUGUCUUAGAUGCUUGGUCCAACCGGGGGUCUCUUUGGGCCGAUGAUUAUUCUCCUUCCACGGCAAGCAAUGGCCAUUAUACGAGAGAGGUGCCUGUGAUGGAAGAGGGGAGAACAAGAAGGGAAGCAAGAGUUCUAAGGUACAAGGAGAAACGCCAGACCAGGUUGUUCUCAAAGAAGAUAAGAUACCAAGUUCGCAAACUCAAUGCAGAUAAAAGGCCUAGACUCAAGGGUCGGUUUGUGAAGAGACUUUCUUGACAAUAAUUAGAUGCUCGAACUCGGACGAAGAAAUAUCUCUCAAAAUAUCUCUCUAUAUGCAUGUAUCUUUUCUAGAAUAUCCUUUUUAGUAAUUGCAUGUGUCAAUGAAAAUAUCUCUUCACUCUCCA